GGCUUCCGUAGUCGGCACUUCCGGAGUUUUGGGUUGGGCUCACCGGAAGCGGCGAAAAACGGGGCCCGAAGGAGCGGCGCUGAAGCUACCGAGAUGGCUGGGCACAGAUUGGUGUUAGUGUUGGGCGACCUUCAUAUUCCUCACCGCUGUAACAGCCUGCCGGCUAAAUUCAAAAAGUUGCUGGUUCCGGGCAAAAUCCAGCACAUUCUUUGCACCGGGAACCUUUGCACGAAGGAGAGCUAUGACUACCUGAAGACCUUGGCUGGCGACGUUCACGUCGUGAGAGGAGAUUUUGAUGAGAAUCUGAAUUAUCCUGAACAGAAAGUGGUCACUGUGGGGCAGUUUAAGAUUGGGCUGAUUCACGGCCACCAAGUCAUUCCCUGGGGCGACGUGGCCAGCCUCGCUCUCCUGCAGCGCCAGUUUGACGUCGACAUCCUGAUUUCGGGCCACACAAACAAAUUCGAGGCAUUUGAACAUGAAAACAAGUUCUACAUUAACCCAGGUUCAGCAACAGGAGCCUACAGCGCUUUGGAAAACAACAUCAUCCCUUCGUUUGUGCUGAUGGACAUCCAGGCCUCUACGGUUGUUACCUACGUUUAUCAGCUGAUUGGCGAUGACGUGAAAGUAGAAAGAAUCGAAUACAAGAAGUCUUAAAAGCAAGGGGUCCUCACCUAACUCAUUCCAGGUUUUUUUUUUUGUUGUUUGCAAUACACACCCAACACUCUGCAGAGUUUGUAGCCUCGAGAAUUGACAAGGUUACUUCUCUUAUCCUGUUGUAGGCAACUAAGUUUACCUGACCUCUGACAAAAUCUGGCUUGGUUUAGCUCCCCCCACCCUUUUGACCUCCCAAAACAGCUCCUGCUUGUAAAUACUACUCAAAGUGUGCAGCAGAAUUCUGCCUGUUCAUGUGAACUGUCUUAUUCAACUGUCCUAUAAUAAAUACUACUUCGGUUUGAUAAAGA